ACAGCCUGACCGCGAACAGCCCGGACUCGCUGUUAGACGGCGGUGGACCGUGCACCACGCUGCAGCCGAUAUCCGAGGACAAGGAGCACCACUGGCCGCUGGACGUGCCAGCCGUGGUGACGCCGUCACCGGUGCUCCAGCCGCAGUUUAAUAUGUUCAGCGCGGCUACGGUUACUAGCCCGACUGUCACCGAUGAACCGUCCGUCGGCAAGAUCCGCAACUUCUUCUUGCGCUCGUGCCAAUACCUAUGCUUCGGCCGCCGUCGCCAAAAGGACGUUCAACCGGUGCGCGACCCGUUCGGUAUUUUGCAUAAGGUGCACAUGUACGUGCCACCGGACUACCGGAAGCCCAAGAACACGGCGAAACUUAUCAAGGAAUUGAAAAAGAUUGUUGCUCAUACACUUUUAAAUGAUUCAGAAUUGCAAUUAAAACGUAUUUAUGUAGAGAGAUGUAAACGUUUGCCGGCGUUCGGUUGUAACUUUUACUUCGUCAAAGAAGUUCAACGUGGUAAAACAAAAACAAAGGCUGCACGUUUGCUUGGGUUGAGUUUUGAUAAGAUAAUUUUGCUUGACAAUAAAACAAAAAUUUUAUCUAAGUGUCAAAAUACACAAGAUUUACUCCAGUGGCAAACAGUAUUCCGACGAAAUCGAAACAAGGUGUCACUUGAAUUUCGUAACUCUAAAUGGACAUUGGCUACACCAACUGAGCGAUCAUUACGUGACAUUGGUUUUGUUUUAUUAAAAAUUCUACAGGAGAUCGACAGCAAUUUCUUAGAGCUGCAUUCUGUAAUUGCACCAAACCAAACUACUAAACCAUUAGAAUUCAGAGAGAUAAACCUGGACGACACUUUUGCAUCAGAAUUAGACUCGCUGCGGCGAAUAUUACAUUUCCCCGAAGAAGUGGCAAUACUUUUAAGUGAUAGAGAAAACGAUUUGUUUUACGACGUUCCACCACUUGAUUUUUUGCGGCAAGUCACUUUAGAUCAAGACGGAGCAAACGCAUGUAACACUUCUGUCAAAAAGCUCAUAGAAAGGUUCAAUGCAGUAAGCUCAUGGACAACACAUCUUAUAAUCACUCGACCUACACACGAAGAUCGAAAAGCUAUAUUAUCGUGUCUUUUGAGAGUGGCCAAAGAAUGUUGGAAUAUUGGAAAUUUCAAUGGAGCUAUGGAAAUUAUAGCUGGACUCAAAUCCGAAAAAAUAAGGCCAUUCAUGCAGACAGUAUUGGAAAAGGAAAAGGUGCCGUUAUUCUAUUACCUGACCGAUACACUGUUGUCAACAUCGCAAUACGACAACGUUCUACAGAAAGCGCUGGCUAUGCCCGAUUGUCCAGUUGUACCAUUUUUUGGGUCUUUUAUGCGUGAAAUGAGAAAAAUAAUGAAAGAGACACCCAGUGCUAUUGUACUAUCUGAUCAAGACGGCAAGGUUUUAAGUGAGACUUUGGCCGAACACGAAUACUUAGAUGGAUAUACUACUUCUCUUGGAUUGGAUGGAAUUGUUAAUAUGGAAAAAAUCUAUAAAGUACAAUCGGUAUUGGAAGAAUUAUCAGAUUAUCAUCGACAUUAUUUUGAAAGAAAAACAUACGAAGCAAAGUUGCAUUUAUUAAAAAAUGGUGAAUUACAAGAUAAUUGUGAAGGAGAGUUAUCUCAAAAAUACGAUCCUGUACAAUCAUUAGCCUACGAUCACGGUGUUUCAUUAAUACCACUUGCAAUAUCUCCCAACUCUAUUGAUUUUACAAUCGGUCAUCAUGAAUUACAGAUAAUGCAUCAUGGGACUACUGUUGUUCAUUGGGCGGCUGAAAUGGGAAGUAACAGAUCCGCUCGAAUUUUCAUGCGUCUCGAGAGAAACUGUUCAACACUAACUUGGGAAAAAACGUCGUGGAGUGCACUGAAAAGAAGUUCUGGCACACCAGACUAUUGUUUGAAAACCGACCCUGAAGAUAGUUUACCUAAAGCGCUACGAAACAGAUCGUCAGUCAAUUGUCCAUCAGUUAUGGGUCUCCAGGAAGGAUACUUGGAGUUGUCGACUGUCAGAGACAUAUUUAUUGGUGGUGCAGUUGGAAGAGAUCGAGUAAAAGCUGAUGGAGCUGCAAUAUUAAGAAAAUAUAGUUUGAACAAUUAUUCGAUAUCGGAAUGUUGUUUAGGGCUAGUUUAUGGAACUAAUACAAGUGAAAAUCGCAUAUUCUAUAUACUAGCUCCUCCAAGAUUACUUAGCAUUUGGCAUCAUGGACUUAAGACUGUGAUCCAGAAACUUCGAAAUGUUAUACAAACGGUUGAUAAACGGUCAAUAUGGCUAAAGAACAACUAUGUACAUCAAUACAUUAUUUCGUCUGGUCGUGGGCCAAUGACAGCCGAUGCAAUACGUUUAUUUGGAGGAAGAGAUUGGUCAACAACUGGUAAUGCGGCCAAUAAUCAAUCGCCAGAGACAAGCAUUGCUAAACGAGCUGCUUCGAUGAGAUUUCGAAAGAAGAAAUCAGUAGUUAGUGUAUCUAAUGAUGGACUUCUCAAACCUUAUGAUGUCAACGACGUGUUCAAUAAAUCUAGAGUAGAUUUGGCUAGUAGCGGUUGUAAUUCACCAUCAACAUUAUGUAGCCAAACAGAAGAUGAUAAGAAACGAGACAGCAUCGACAAAAAUAUCGUUUCUGAGCCAUCUACGUCCGCAGAUAAGACACCUCCUAAAAUCAUAGAGCCAGCUGAAAGUGAUAUUAAUAAUACGCCAAUGACGCCAAAUAAUUCACAAUUAGAUUUUGAAGAUUUUUGUGCUUUGUUUGAUAGUUUUAGUUUGAGAAUGCGUAAAGAUCUUCGUGAUAUUUUUGACCAAGUACGAGCAGCAAAUCAUAAAUCUGAGUAUAAAAAAUCUGAAAAAUCUGAGGAUAUCACCGUACAAAAUAAUACAACCUUAUCAAUUCCAAGAACUAUAUCCGAACAAACUCAAAGUUCAAGCUCAACUAAUAGAAAUAAUGGAAAUAACUUUGUUCAACCAAUUGAUGCAAAAAUUCAAAAAAAACGUAUAUUUGAUGCUAUUGCAGCGUCUAGUAUAAUUUCUAAUUGUACUGGUGUAGAGACAUCACAGUCUGCAGCUACAUGGUCAAUAAAUGAUUUAAUUAAUUUCUUAGAAAACAGACAAAUGAUUACUUGUACAGAGGAUGAAGCUAAAAUAUUGAUUCAGAUCCACGAGCCAAACCCAGAAAUUAGUGCUCGUAAUUGUCUUUCCUUCGAAGGAUUUGCUAAGUAUAUGAUGUUAAGGAACAAAAGCGUGUUCAGUGAACCAGAUUUUGCAAUCGAAAAAUCUGAUAUGAACUUUCCAUUAUCUUGUUAUUAUAUUGCUUCAUCACAUAAUACGUACCUUACUGGCCACCAGUUAAAAGGCGACUCUUCUAUUGAUUUAUACAGUCGGGUAUUGUUAGCUGGUUGUCGAUGUGUUGAGUUGGACUGUUGGGAUGGCGACGAUGGUAAUCCAUUAAUCUAUCAUGGGCAUACUUUUACAUCAAAAAUACCAUUCCUUGGUGCUGUAGAUUCAAUUAAUCGUUUUGCAUUCGUAUCAUCACCAUAUCCUGUCAUAUUAUCUAUUGAAAACCAUUGUUCACUGGUGCAACAAGCUCGCAUGGCAGAAAUAUUUGAGUCCGUUUUUGGUGAAAAAUUGGUGAAGGGCUUUAUGUUUGACUCUGAUUAUGAACCUCAGCUACCAUCACCAAGUCAAUUAAAAUACAAAAUUUUGAUAAAAAAUAAAAAGAUCGCACCUCUGGAAAGUGAAAAGAAUCGAAUGAAAAAUAAUAAUAGUAGCACAAAAAGUUCACAAAUUGUAUCUUCACUUGCCAGCAAUCAUUCUAAUGUCACACUUUCCGUGGGUAACAAUUCUAACGUUGGUCCUUCAGCAUCCAUCAAGAACCCUAUUGUUGAAUCUUCAGUGGUAAUCAAUGAUCCAACUGUCGAAACCUCAUUGGACAUCAAUCAGUCUAAUGUCGAACCUUCAAUGGCCAGCAAUCAAACUAAUCUAGUAACUUCAGUUCUCAAUAAUAAUCCUAAUGUAGUGCCUUCAGUGGUAAGCAGUCAUCCUAAUGUUGGGCCUCAUAGAAGUAGUUCAGCCAGUGCUGGUACUACGACCAAUGAUGAUAUUGCUACCACCAUCGAGGAAGAAGAAGAAUAUGAAGAGGAUGAUGAAGAAUAUGAUGAUAGCGAUGAAUUGGAAUUUAAAAAAGUUGGAACUGAUAAGUUUAGUAGAGGUCGUCAUAGGUUCGGUUCAAAGUCAAAUGAUAAAUGUGCAGAUGAUGAAAAAUUUAAGAAACAUAAUAGUCAGAUUGCAAAAGAACUAUCUGAUAUAGUCAUCUAUACCCAGGCGAUAAAAUUUCGUGGCUUAAAUACGAGAAGUCCGAGCAGUUCAGUGAAAAAUAAACGAAAAUGUAAUGGUAGUCUUUGCGGCCAUAAUGGCAAUGUGGUUAGUACAUCUUCCACUGGAGCUACAUCAACAGAACACUAUCAUAGUCGUGGUUCUACAACGAUAAACCCGCAUCAUCCAUGCUAUAAGUGUUCUUCAUUAAGUGAAAAUUCCGCAAAAAAGUUAGCAAAAAAACGUCCAUUGGAUUUAAUUGCACACGCUGAGACGCAAUUAGUACGAGUGUAUCCAGCUAGCAUGAGAAUAGACUCAUCCAACUUCAAUCCAUUAAAUUUUUGGUCAUAUGGUGUACAGAUGGCGGCACUAAACUAUCAGUCUGAGGAAGCUACGGCUUCACACGUCAAUGCAGCCAUGUUUGAACAGAAUGGUCAUAGUGGUUAUGUGUUAAAACCGCGAGUAAUGCACGAUCCAUCUCACAAAUCAUACCGCCAAUUCAACCCAAUGGAAAAAAGUUUUGAUGGUUUGAAUCCUAUAUGCUUUUCCAUAAGCAUUGUCUCUGGUCAGUACUUAUCGCCAAAUGGGGGGACUCGAGCUAACGUAUACGUCGAAAUCGAAAUAAUUGGCAUACCAUCCGACAGUGUAAAGAAAAAAUCUAAAACUAUUUUUUGUAACUCAAUGAACCCCGUGUGGGACGAAACAUUUACGUAUAACGUGCUGUUCAAAGAAUUAGCAUUCGUACGAUUUCUCAUAAUAGAUGCCAGCACCAAUCACCCGUUAGCGCAGCGAGUGGUACCACUCAAGAGCAUGCUGUACGGUUAUAGACACAUUGAUAUGCAUAACAUGCGUAACCGACCACUACCACUUACUGCAUUAUUUGUGUAUACUCUUAGCAAAGAAGAAGUUCCAAGAUCUAUUGAUGAUGAAAAGACAUCUUCAACUACAGCACCAACGGCGGAUAAUGGAGCAAUGAAAAACAGUGGUCUAUCAACGCACCGUAAAAAAUUCUAUGUAAUGGUUUUUGGUGUAUUCUCUGAAAACUCAUACAUCAUGUUUAAAGUCACCCAGGAUAGUACUGCGACAGACUUAAUUAAAUUAGCAUUAGACAGGCGUAAUGAGGGCGACGAAGAAAUGAAAACAUACGUGCUCCUGGAGGAAGUAGGCUUGACUUGGGAAGUGUCAAAUAACAGUGAUGAUAUGGGGAACAAUAGUAACGUCGUCACUGAUGGCGGUAAUGAUGAUGGUAAUUAUAAUAAUAACUCUAAAAAAAAGAAAAAGAAAAAGAAAAAGAAGAAAAAAAAGAAAAAAACCAAGCGUAGGCGAAUUGGAUGGAAAAAUGGCGAUGCACCUAUGAUACAACGUGUAUUGGAUUAUAAUGAAAAACUGUUGGAGGCGCAAUCACGCUGGCGGGGCGAUGGAUACUUUGUACUUAAGAAAAUCGGAGACGACCCGAGCAGCAGAGCAUGGCUCAUAUCAUUGCAAUCUAAGGACUCAGGAAAUGGUCAAUCAGAGUCAUCGUGGGAUGAAAUACAUACGUUCUUAGUAUGUAUUUAUAAUGUUUCCGAAGAAAGACCAUACGUUAUUCUUAAGGUACCAACAGGGUCAACUGUACAGGAUAUUUUAGCUCAGAUUUUAGUCAAAGCCAGGCGUAUGGAAAAUCCAAUUUUAUUCAUAUUGGUUGAGGAACAAGUGUGGGGCAGAACUGAUAUAAGGUAUAGGGUAUUGGACGAUGAUGAGGUAGUAUAUAACACACAAAACCAGUGGUCCAGAGUAGGUAGGUUUGUGUUAGAGGAUCGUUGCAGUGAUGAAGAUAAGUCAGCUGAUGGACUGGUUGCUAAGACAUCGCAAGCAUUGCAAACAUUUUUAAGGGUAAUGCGGAUCCAAAAGGGUAUGGCUGCAGUAGGUCGUGGUUGGAGAGCCUGUGGUUUGCCAACAUUGCCCGGCCAUUGUCUACGGCAUCCGGAAAAUGACAGAGAAUACGUCAUUAAAGAAGCGGCUCGUGUUCAUAGAAAAAUGCUAGCAAAACACGAGAAAAUGUGGCGGGCAAACUUAGAAAAAGGGGGUAGUGGUGACGGUGGUGGUGGUCUAGAACGUGGUUGUGAUGAUGACGGUAGUGGUGGCGAAGAUGCUGAAGAAAGUACAUACACAGGGUUUUUAAAAUCACCAGCCCAGUUAUUCGGUUUUUUGAAAUCCUGACACAUGUUGUGUUGCUUUCGAAGAGCACGUAAUAGACACGAUAUUGGCACUAUGGUAUGAACAAAAUAAAGUUUUUUUUAAUUUCUAAACAGAAUUUCUGAAAAUGGAAUUAUUGAAUGUUCGCUUAACCCCGUGUUCCCAUCCUGUAUUUAAUCAAAAUCAUUUAUCCUCCAAUACUCCAAUCCGCUCGGUGUUCUUCAUUUCUCUUCACAGGGAACCGUAACAUUUUCAGGGUGUAAGUAAAUAAGUCAUUAAUACUUAUAUUUUGAGACGAAUAGUGUAUAUAUAUAUAUAUAUAUAUAUAUAUAUAUAUAUACGCUUCUAUCUUUAUUUUUUUGAGAAUUUGUGUUUUAACUGAUAUUUGGUAUUUUUAUCUUCUGGUCAAUACACAUUAUUCUCUUUACAGCUAAUUAACUAUUUUAAAACUAGCCAAAAUCCUGAAUUAUUUUAUUUUAUUGAUUUUGUUCAAUUAAUGAUCAAAGUACAACAAUUUGUUGAAAUUAAUAAAUGUUAUUUGAUAAAUAUAUUAUGAUUUCAUUUUGCCAAUUAUUUUCUAUUUAUACCUUAUUAAUUAUUUUUCGUAUUAUAUUUGAGCUAAAAAUUCCAAAGCUAGAGGUUAGUUGUUAGUAUUAAAGGUUUUUAGGACAUCCAAUUAUUAGUGUUUUUUUUUCGUAUAAUUAUUAAUAUAACUGUUUUAAAAAAACCAAUUAGUCAUUGGACAGUUUUAUUAUAAGUUAUGUGUGUAAGAAUUUAUUUAAAAUUCCUAGUUAAGACCGUUGCAAA